CACGGCUGUAUGCCAGUACACCAGUACGUAGUAGGCUCAGUUGGGUCCAACUCGUGCGCGUGGAAGGUUUGAUUUGCCAGUAGUUCUUUUUUCGUGUCCUUAGGCUCCUUCCGGGUUUAAUGCUCCGGAUUCGAUCUCGGUGUUAUCAGUGGUGAUCUGGUGCGUGAUUUGGUGUCGUGACUCCGCAGGCUCUCUCUGACCGCUUGGUCGUGCGUUUGGCGUUUUCGCUUGCUACUGGCAUAUUCCGCCAAGAAGACAAACUGCCUGCAUUGUUGUGAGGAAAAAGUGCAUUCCGAUAAAUGCCUUAACGGGCGAAGCGUGAGCGCGAAGCAAGAGUAAGAAGUCAGUUUUCGGAAGAUUAUGCUGUUGCAUUGAUUGUGUGCCGCUGCCUGAGCCGCAGGAAACGAAGAACAAAGUGCUAAUACGGUGCUGCAACUAUAUGUUAAUUGUUGAAGUGCCCAUUUCAGUGUGCGGCUGUUUGACUUGAUGGCAAUCCGAAUUGUUCGGGGUGGAAUCGAGGUGGUCUGAAAAGUGUGUGUGUUUGUAAGUAAAAAACACUCUCCGGGGCGGCCGUGGCAUCAUGCUAUCGAAAGUGAUAUCGAUUACGAUUGAUUGAUUAAUUGUAAUAAUUGAAGGAAGAAUGUUACACUGUAUCUGUGUGUGUGUGUUUCGGUCAUUGAGGAAACGGUUUCAAUUUACAACUUUUCUGUACACACGGGACCGAAGUUAGUUUGUCUGGUGCGGUGAAGCGAUUGAAAUUUGAUACUGAAGAAGUGGGUGAUAUUUUCGCAAGCGGAGUUGGAGGACGUGUUGAUAUAUUCUACGGGUGCUUCCUGGUCCCGAAGGUAUUCGAGAAGCUGCAAGCUGCGAGUCAUUUUCUGAAGAACUCCGACAUCGACUCGGCCACGAACAAUAAUCGCAAAAUUGCAGCGCUCUGAGGCCGGCACCGAAUCACAUCCGAAUACUCCCAAAGGGAAAAACAAACGGAAUCCGACGGGGAGACGACGCGCGUGGAAAACUUAAACCGGUGGAAAACCGAUUGGGCUGUACUGGUUCUGGCCAGUUUCUGGCGCGGCCUAGCGAUUAGCCGGUGCCGCACGGAUGGUGUUAUUGAAUAACAACGGUGUGGUGUGGAAAUUCGAUUGAGAGAUAAGAGCUCAAGCGGCGGUACGGCGGUUCUGUCACGGGACGUGGCCAAAGUGGUUAAUGGAAAAUAUGUAACAGAAAACAGAAAAUAAAUCACACACCGAGGUGCCGGUUUUCAGUUGCGGUUGCCCACAAUCAGCCUUACCGAUCAGAUGAUAGAGCUACAGCAGCAGCAGCAGCAGCAGGUUUGGAAAAGUGUUGAAACCGAAGCCAUAGGAAAGGAAAAGUGAAAGAUUAGGUACCGACGUAGUUACGGGCUACUGCUGCAAACACUUCAACUGGGCUAGAUGCGUUUCUGGUUCGAGAUUCGCGUAUGUGGUUGCGAAUGAGUACGCAAUUUGUGCUGCUACUGCAGGUGAUGGGAAAGAGUUGAUUUGUAGUAAUUUUUCAUGUCUAUAGAAAUUUGUUGCAAGUCGCAAAAGAAGAGAUAGUAUCGAAGAAAACGAAAAAGGAAGAAAAAAAGAAGGAAGCUUUCUGUGGCGAAGUAAGCGACCGCGCGCGCUUUUAUUUGUGUGUGUGUGUGCGUUUUUUUUUUUCAUUGUGUAGGCACUAACAGCUACUGGGCAAUAAAGCAAUAAUCGAAACCUCAAAAACCAGUGCACGAAGUAUUCCCGGUAGCUUUAAUUAAGAUUUAUCGAGUAAGGGUUUGGCUACUGGUUGACUCACUGAAAAGCCUUCGGGGGCCAAGUGAGAUAAAUUGCUGUGUGUUCCGAUUUGGGGUUAGUGUGCGGGUGGUCUGGUGGAGUCUGUGCGAGUGAGGGAGAAGAAAUUAAAACAGCCUCAAAGUGUCGUUUAAAGGGGCCAACAUGCCUCCGGUGAAUCAACCGGAAACGAGCUCCGGUCCACCGAGCAGAACACCAUCCAUUAUGGAUAGCCCAACGUUGGCUCGUGUCGAAAGAGCUCGGCUUCGUCAGGAGGCGGCCGGUGCAAACGGAAGCAGCAGCACCCAGCGGGAGGACAGUCUGGAACGAGUACUGCUGGAUCCUAAGAAAUCCUUGCUGAUUGGGCGCAUCCCCGUGGCUCAAAUGACCGGACCGAUCAAACGAGGUUUACUUUGGCAGCAACGGGACCGAUUGUUCUCCAGAUGGAAGGAAAGAUAUUUCAUUCUGACGCGUGACUAUCUCAACUGUUUCAAGCGAGCGUCUGGUUCGGCAUCGGAGAAAAUUUCCGAUAUGGGUCAAUUUAUCUUCAAGAUUAAAUUGGUAGAUGUAGAGAAGGUCGAGUGGUUGAACCGACGAUCAUACAGCGCAAUCGGCUUGCUUCUUGGCUCGCGAGAAGGUCGCGUGUUAUUGCGCUGCGAUCAGGGUCUGGAAGAUUGGUUCGAGCUACUGGAGGAAUGUACCCUGAGCAGCAAGGAGCGUCGUCGUGCCCUGCGGCUAACGCAAGGACCACGUUCACGUGCGUCGCUGGCUGCUCCGGUAUCGCAUGCCUCACUGCAGAGCAAUCAUCUGGGCCUGGGAGGAACCUACUCGGGAGCCAUCGAGGAUUGGCUGAUGUCACGACAUCACAAAACAUCUACCAAUCUGAACCACUUGCACUUCCUGCACUCGGACUCGGUACCGGACCUGAGUGCCAUAAAUGAGAACGGUCUGGCAAAUGGAAUGCUGACGAACCAUUCCACUCCGAAGAAGGUUCCGAACGUGAGACACAACCAUUUGGGAAAUUCCAGCAACGGCUACAGCAGCCAUAGUGGAAGCAUCUACAAUGGAUUCCCGUACUCGCCACUUAAGAAACUGUCCGAUAAUUUCAUCAACGGUAACAGCACCUACAUCAUCAACGACGAAGAUGAAGAAGUGGAACUGCGUCGUGGGGGACGCUACAGAGACAAUGAUGACCUUUAUCGACGCCCGUUGGGACCGGCCGGAAACGACGCCAAGAGACAUUCACUGCUCACUGAUUUGGAUUACUCCGCCUGUGAUAGUGGCCUCGACACACCGCCCUCAACUCACCGUCCAUCCAGCUGUCGGGACAAUAUGUAUCUAGUUGCGGCCUACAAUCAUCAUAACCAAAGCUUGAACAAGGACAAAACAACUGAUACCGGAAUCAGCUCUUCUCGAGGAACGCUAGUCUCACCGGCGAACAGCAUCCGUCACGGUUUCCUUAACAACAAUAAUAACAACAACAACACGAACAGCUACGGAUCAAGAUACAGCGUACAGGAACAGAAAAUUUUACGCGCCCGGAACAACGCAGAGGAAAACAAGAACUCAAUCCGUUCGAUCCGAGCCGAACUUUUCGAGCAGAGCAAAUAUAACAACAACAAUAAUAACAACAAUCACAUCACCAAUGGACAUCACGCUCACCUACAGCAGGGAAAUAUCGGUAGCAAUGGAAACAUCCACCAACUGCAUCAUCAGUUGUUGCUACAUCAACAACAUCAACAACAACAACAACAGCAUCACAUCAACGGGCUGAACAACAACAAUGGGCAUCACUACAACGGAAACAGCAUCAGUAGCAUCAAUGGCAAUGGAACGGCGGCAUCCCGCGAGCGUUACCAACAUCCGGCACUGGCUGCCAUCAUUAGCGAAUCCCAGGGAAUGAAGUUUAGAGAUCGUUCCUAUUCCGACUGUCAGCAGAUUCCACGCCGGCAGUGGAUAACCAACACGCCCAGCCCGAAGCGCAUCCCCUAUCUGGGAACACCACCGACCCGCGUUUGAAGAGCCGGAGUUGUGCAAACCACGAUGAAUCCCAAAUUUCAAUCAACAGAGAAAAUAAAUUCUAACGAAAUAAAACAACAGACGGUGUUUCUCCAUAUAAUAGAACACAUUUUGUAGAGUUAGUAGUAUGAAAGCUAAUGUGAAAUUUUCUAGUUACAGUAGUAGCUUAUGUAUAACCGUCAAUUUCAGCCUAAAAUAUUCCGUAGCUCGUAGCAUUGAUAUUCGAUAGCCAGUUAGCUGUGGAUUGCUUUCUACACUCCUGUGUGAACAACUCUGAAUUGCUUGUUGAUUCAGCACCCAUAGUUAGACGAAAGUUCUAUAACCGCAUAUCGACGAGUAAGAAAUUGACGAACGUCUCUAACGAAUCGAAUUUGUAUACCGAAAACACCCGUAAGCCUGACGGAUACGGCAACAUAGAAAGUAGAAAGUAGUUUUUACGUUUGAGCUAGCUUACAUAUACAGGGGAAUCCUUUGAAUUAGAACACCUAGUGCGCUCGAAUCAACCUUUAUUCAAAUUUGCCCUUGCGUUCAAUGCGUAAUUGAUUGGUUUGAUUGUAGAUUGUCUAACGAAGCGCUACAUUUAGAUUUAGAGAGGUUCGAUUAAAUGCCUAAAACUUGUACAUACAAUAGCAUAAAUCUAACAAGUUUGAUAUUUAGUCGGAAUCGGUAGAUCUACGUUUGAACAAUGCCUGCAACAGAUGGCGAAUAAUAAUAGCAUGUGUUCAAAAUUGGGGUUUUCUCUUAACCGCUGUAGAAUGAAUGGUAUUUAAAAACAUAAAUAAAGCGAUCGAAUUUGAUUUGA